CUGCUGGGAGGAGACAACAGCAGCGAGAUUUGGCCGACAUGGAAGAGACUUUAAGAAUGAAAGUGAAAGUUGCCUUCAGUUCGGGCGUUGUUCUGGACUUCAAUCGAAGGCUUGAAAGCGGUGGAACGCAGUUUCUUAAAAAAGAGCGAAGAUGUUUUAGUCCGGAAAAAAAAUUGGGGGCCUGCACAGCCAGACUUUGGAGAUAUGCAGAGAAUGUUCGGAUGGAAAGGGCUCCAGGGCCUGCUCCUGAUUUUCCUCCUCUGGAACUACUCAACGUUGGCAGAUGACUUCCGAAUCUCCUGCUCCCAAUACCCACUUGUGGUCGAGGUUGGUGCUACGGCAGUGUUGGAAUGUCAGCUGAUCCCCAGAUUGCCCCUCAAAGGUUUGGAGAUCCGCUGGAGCAAGGACAAUGCACUGGUACAUCUCUACAGAUUUGGGCAGGAUGAGAACGCGGGGCAACACGCUAGUUACAAGGAUAGGACCCAGCUGUUUGCCAGUGAAUUCCAGAAUGGCAACGUCUCCCUGAAACUCAUGCAAGUCACAUUGCCGGACAAUGGGAAGUACAAGUGUUUUGUGGAAUUAGAAGCUCAUGGGUUCAGAGAUGCAGAGGCCAUCCUGAGUGUAGCAAGAUUUGGAGAAUGGCCUUUGAUCAACUUGAACAAGUACACGGGGAAUGGAAUCCAGCUCCUGUGUGAGUCCGAGAACUGGUUUCCUCCACCGAUGGUGCAAUGGAGCAACGAGAAAGGUGUUAUCCAGACUCAGAAGGGACAGCCGGUAACGGAGGAGCCAAGCUCAGUCAACGUGAAGAGCUACAUCGAUGUGACCAGUGAUUCUGGGAACACCUUUAACUGUUUGCUAAAAAGCGAGAUGCUGAACAAGACAGUCUGUGCAGAGUUCUAUGUCCCAGAUGAAUUCCACCCCAAGACAUCCGUUUGGCUUUAUAUGUUCCUCUUGAUUUUCUUUGGCAUCCUUGGUCAUGUCGUUGGCCUCUUUCUGUUCUUCAGGAAACAAAAGAGACAGAUCCGAAAUCUAAGGAAGCAGCCAACAACAUUUGAUUAUGCCAACACGAAGUCCUAUAAUGAGGAACUCAGAGAAAUAAUGGAUAUUCGCUGGAAACAUCUAGGUGAAAUUCGCCCUCUCCCUAAACUAGCAAUUCAGAGAAUGACUGAUGCUGCAGCCUGCAUUGAACUGGACUGUGACACUACGCAUCCAAACCUCCUGAUAUCCUCCGAUCUGACCACCAUGAACUGCAUUGCACAAGGGAAUUUUCGUGCUGACAGCAGCGAGAGGGUCGAGCACAGGUUGGUCGUGCCGGGAAAGACCGGAUUCACCAGCGGCAGGCACUACUGGCUGGUGGAAGUGGACAUGCACUCCGUCUGGGACCUGGGAGUAGCCAGGGAGUUGGUAUGCAGGGAAGGAAAUCUACCUUUGAUCCCUGAAAACGGAUACUGGACUAUUCGGCACGAUGGGCAGAAAUACUGGGCCAACAUCACCAGCCCUUUGGAAAUCAUGUGCAAGGAGAAACUCCAGAGAAUUGGAAUAUAUGUCAACUACAACGCUGGACAGGUUCUGUUCUGCGAUGGCGCUGCCUACUCACACCUCCACAGCUUCACUUGCAGCUUUCAGGGGAUGAUCUACCCCUUCUUCAGUCUCUCAGGGUCUGGCAAAUGUUCCAUUUUACCAUCAAUCACCCCACUUCCCAAUUGGAAUCACUGACUGGAUCAAGUAUCUUCCAGUUGGGCCAUUGGUUAGCGUGUCGUGGAAUGGUGAUGCCACCCUGUUAAAGUCACAUGACCCAAAUGGAUGCCAUCUUGCUCCCAGAGAUUUUCCUACAGAAUUGGGAGACAAUGGUUCUCUCUUGUAUUUGCCAUUAAUAAUUACUGGGAUGGUUGGGUUGGGGGAGAAAUGGGCAGACUGCAUUGGGAGAGAAGAAGCCGAAAUGGAUUGCGCACUCCAAUACCGGGAUGUGCAUCUCCUACUUUAUCCCUGAUUUACUCCUCCUUUCCUGGAUUGGCCACAAGUUUGGAGAAAUUCUGCGCACCUCAGCUUUACCAAUCCUUAACAAAUAUAUUUUAUUCAUUGUCUUGGCCUCUGAUACCUUCACAACUCUGCUCACAUACACAAACAUUUACUUUCUUCCCAACAGCGUGAAACUUGACAAUCACACUACUGCAAAUUAGAUUUUAAUCCAUUUUUCCUAUGACUUUAGCAGGCCCUUAUUUAGUAAAUAUUUAGCCUGUAACCAACAUAAUCUCUCUCUCUCGCUCUCUCUGUGCUAGGAAUAUAGAUCUUCAGAACAUGUUGAGACCUUCAAACCUGUUUGAUAGGACUAUCUGUGAUCUGGAGACUGGCCCAGCUCUACUUCCUCUGUCUAUCCCGUAACCCUUCACUCUCUUGUCUAUCAAACCUAUCUAACUUGGUCGUUGAAUAAAUUAAAAUACCCAGCCCUACUGCCUCCUGGGAACCCCAUACUCUAAUAGCACUCAGACCAAAAUAAUCCUCUCAUCCCUGUCUUGGAAAGGGAUGCCUCUUAUCCUCCUCUCCGAUCUAAAAGGGCUUCCCUUUACUCUAUGGCCGUGCCUUUGGGUCCUAGUCCCUCCUCCUAAUGGAAACAUCUUCACAACAUCCAUUCUGUCCAGGCCAUUCAGUAUUCUGUAAGUUUCAAUUAGAUGCCCCCUUUUCCUUCUCAACUCUAUCAAGUAUAGACCCAGAGUCCUCAAAUGUUCCUCAUAUAUUAAGUAUUUCAUUCCUGGGACCAUUCUGUGGAAUGUUCCCAUAGAAUUGUGAAUCAGUUGGAACUCCCUCUAUCUCUGGUUGAAAUUGUUGUUCUGAUUGGUGAGUAAUGAAUUAUUUUGUCAGUACACGUCACAGUUGGUGUUUCUAGGAUGGGAAGCAUCACCACAGUAACAGAAGGAGUAAUGUGAAGAGGACAUUGUACCUAUUUCAACUCUUGACUGAAUUUUGAACCUUCCUCACGUUUUUCUUAGCUGUUAACAUGCUCUGACAUCCUGUACAUCAUAGAGUCCUGCGUUAUGAAAGAAAGUUUAUCUAUUUUUAACGUGGCAAUGUAUGACUUUUUAGAAAUUGUUCUGAUCUAGGUAAUCAAUAAUUCUGAUAACUUAGUGACUGUGAAAUAUCAAUAUUUGAUGGACAUGGUUCCUAAUCCUGAAGCAGGAUUUCUGACUAUUUUGCUUGAUUUGGAGAAUGGCGCAGGUCAUAGCGGAAUCCUUGGAAUUAAAAUUCCGAUCUGCACCAUCUCACUAAGUUUGCGGCUCGAUACAAGGCCCACAACAAGUCACCGCCUGCCAUCAAGCACAGGCCAGUAUCUUUUUGUUAGUGUCCUGUUUCCUGGACUUGAUGGUGGGAAUGGUGGAGUUGACCUGUUUGUGGAGAAGUCACCACCUCUUCGAACAAUUCAAUAUGUGAACAAAGUAGAUCAACCUUGCUAUUUGCAGAAGGUUUCACACCGACUCAGAUCGUCUUGCUGGACUCAUUCCACCGUGUUCCUGGAGUAUUAAGACAGAUGUGUCUCCUUUGAGUUCGGCAUGUGUCUGUUUGUUUUAAUUUUGUCUUACAGAAUGAAUUAUACACAAAUAUGUUUGGAUUAAAAAGGACUAAAUGUGAUUUGCUAUGUGGUAUCCAUAUCGCAAUGAUUGUACAAAUUAAAUAUUAAUUAUUAAAGAUCCAAUAAUUACA